AGAUCGCUACACACAACCACACUCAUCCACAUAUAUCGUCAUCUCUAAAGCGAAAGCUUUUUUCCUCUCUCUCCCUGAACCAUGUCCUUCAGCACUAGUGUAAAGCCCUACGGCGUCGGCAAGCUCGUGACGCUCGCCUCGCCAGCUCUGCAGAUCACCAUCAGCACCCUCGGCGCCACCAUCCACUCCGUCAAGGUCUUCCAGCCGCAGCAGAAGCGCUGGGUGGAGGUGAACAUGCAGUACAGCAGUCACGACGAGGCACUGGCGGACUGUGGCACCUACUUUGGUGCGACCGUGGGGCGCUUCGCCGGUCGCGUCGGCAACGGUCGCUUCGUCUUGGAUAACGUGGAGUACCACACGCCGAAGAACGCCGGCGAGCACACGAUUCACGGCGGCGGCAACGCCUUCGACAAGAAGGAGUGGGGCUUCGUGAUUUCCCCGAACAGCGAGACCGGUGUGUCCGUGGCUUUCAACUACACCAGCCCCCACAUGGAGAACGGCUUUCCGGCCGAGCUGGCGUGCAAGGUAGUGUACGCGAUUGACAAGAAAAACCCCAACGCCCUCCGCGUGGACUUCGCGGCGGAUAUCACCGACUCGAGCCCGGCCGAGGCGACGAUUGUGAAUAUGUUUAACCACGCCUACUGGAACCUGAACGGCUUCCCGGAGCGCGACCCUGGCCAGAGGUGGGCGCAGGCGGAGCCCGUGCACAACCACUACCUUCGCAUGCCGAACAGCGACCUGGUCGCCGAGACGAACUCCAGCGCCAUUCCGAACGGCCGGUUGGUGCCGGUGAAGGGUGCCCUCGACUUCCGCACGGGCUGCGCCAUUGGCAAGGGGAUCGCCGACGCGGCGGCGCUCAACCGCGACCCUUGCGGCUACGAUCACCCGUACUUUGUGAGUGGGUGGAAGCCACACGGCCCGCUGCGUCUCAACGCUGAGGUCUCGAGCCCGUCCACUGGUAUUAUGAUGCAGGUGUACUCCACCUUCCCCUGCGUGUGGGUGUACACGGCGAACAACCUGAAGGCAGGCGCCAGCGGCAAGCCGGGCGACCGCUUUGCCCGCUACACCGCCGUCGCGAUUGAGCCGCAGCAGCUGCCGGAUGCGGCGAACUGGAAGUCGUUCCCGCAGUCCGUCGUGCGCCGCGGAUCGCCGUACCGGGAGACGAUGGUGAACGUAUUCCACGUGUCCUCGGCUGCCUCGAAGGUGUAG